GAUUAUUAUAUAAAUGUGGAUGUUAUCCAAGAAUUAUUGCCUGUUAUCAACAUCUCUAAUUUGGAGGUAGGCCUAGGGGAAAAAACUAAUUAUCAUGAAUUCAUGAUUGUUGAAUUCAUUUGUAUGAAUUUAUGUGCAAGAUUGCAACAUCAGCGAGCAAAUGGCAUACUUGUCUAGGAGCAUGAGAAUGUUUUUAUUAUUUUUCCCCAUCAAAGAUACAAUAACAACUGCUUCACCCACGGUGCGGAGCCCCGACGCGAUCGAUCGCGAAGCGAGGGCCUACAUCGGCCUACAUCCAUGGACGUACCCCGCCGGGGCGGCGCGGGUACCCGGGUGUAGUCGGAGAAUGCUGCUAUCUCUGAUUAAACCCAUGAAUUCUGCAACCUGGACAUCUCUGAAAAUCUGAUGAAAAUCACAAGUUAGUACAACUACAAGUUAGUACAACUACAAGUGGUUAAUAUCUAUGGCUAUUGAACUCACCACGAAAGCCAUAGAGGCGAUGUCUUCUACCAUAGGGCUCCCAGGACCGUCAGAUGUUACGGGUCACUACAAGGUCAACGGGAGCCAUGGGAUGAACAUCACAUUGAAUAACAGUAGCAGUAACGAGACAAACAGUGGCAGGAAUAUCGAAUCUCUAAAGCUUGCCAACCAGUAUGUGUUGAUGGUUACUCUCGGACUCACCAUGGUCGGGAUGGGAGCUGCCAUCGAGUUAAAAGACUUCAAAAUAGUUCUUCGUCGACCUGUUGGGGUUGGUAUAGGGUUCGUCUGUCAGGUUAUACUGAUGCCUCUGAUAGGAUUCAUCCUGGCGAUUGUGCUUCGGAUGGAGCCACCCCAUGCUCUGGGUAUACUCAUUGCAGCUUCGAGUCCUGGAGGAACAACCUCAAACCUCUUCACCUACUGGACAGAUGGUGACGUUUGCCUCAGCGUGGUGAUGACAACGAUAUCAACGGUAAUAACGCUAGGCUCGAUGCCGCUCAACCUCUUUAUCUAUGGACGACGGUGGACGGACAGAGGGGCCGUUAUACCGUACAAGGACAUCAUUAUCGCACUGGUAUCGUUCAUCGGUCCCGUGGGUCUCGGUAUGCUGAUCAGAUGGAAGUCAAGAAAGUGGGGGAUCUUUAUCGGCAAGCCUCUCGGCAUAGUCGGCAUGCUUGGUAUCCUCACCAGUAUCAUCCUCACAGUCUUCAUCAACCCGAACAUCUGGGCAUCCACCUGGAAGCUUUACGUUGCCUCGCUCCUCCACAUGUGGAUCGGCUGGUCUCUGGGCUACACCCUCGCCAGGCUCCUCUGCCAACCCCACAAGCAGUCCCGUACCAUCGCCUUUGAGACCGGACUACAGCAGAUAGGGAUCGCGAUGACGCUGAUCUCGUUCUCCUACAAGGACGACACGGACCUGUUCCUGGGGGUCAUAGUCUACCCGAUGUUCUUUGGACCGUUCAGCAUCCUUAGUUUCAGCUCCUGGACGUUGGCCUACAAGAUAUACAGACAUUACAAACCUGAACUGGAGGGUGAUGUCAAGGAUGAUGCCAAGGAUGACCAGAGAGGAGGCGACAAGGAAGUUGAGCUCCAAGAUCAUGAUAAUGAUGAACAAGGGAUUCAACCAAGGGAUGCUGAAGAAAACGCCACCAAGGAACCUUUCAUAUGAUAAAAUCAUUUGAAUACUAACAGGUAUUAACACAUUUUCUAACAUAUUUUUUUCAAUGUGUCUUCUCGAGUCCUUGGCCAAUAUUCAAGUUUAAAAUCUGCUCUAGAGUUAUUAUUUAAAGGCAUACGCUCCCAGGAUUCAAGAAGGCGCUGUUGGACGGUUUUUCUACGGGCUGUGCUCAAAGGUCUUCGACUUAAUUUGCAUGCUACUGUCCAUCAUUAUCCAGUCACACAACACAUACAUAGUACACAUACACUGCAGGGCUUAUGUAUACAUCGGUGCUGGCCUAAAUGUCCACUCAGGUCACUUCACGCAGUAGGGUCUAUUAGAUGCAAUGUUAAUUGUUACCUGAGAGACACAUUUUUUUUCUGUCUAAUUGAUGUACAUACUCAACACAAAACAGGUCACGAUGACCCAGCCAGGGUUCAGCUUUAUGACUAGGGACCAUAAUAUUCAUCUGUCGUCCAGAAUUUUGCCAGUUUCUGAUUGCGCCUCUGUGCAAAAUUAUCAGUCAGUGAUAUCUGUAUUCCGAGUUUGUCAAACAUAAGCUGCACAAGUUUUGUGUAAUUGUAUGUGGUAAGUGCCACGCACGGUAACAAUAAACAGUGCAAUUACUUUGCCAGUAUUCAAGUACAAGCACAAUACUGAAAAUUUC